GUUGCCCACUCGUUACAGAUCUGGCAUAGCGGCAAUUGCACUGGUAAAGAAUGAACCGGGCAAUGUCUGUUGCACGCCAAGCUGCAAAAUGGAACAGCGUAAGGCGAUGCGACCAAGUCUCUGUUGUUAACUUUACUGCAUGUUGAUUGACGUCCUGGCUUGGUAGGUUGCCGAUAAUAUGCGCCAAUUCCACGACCAUUUUAAGCUCGAGUGUACGUGUUCGUCGCACACUCUCGAUUAUUCUGCAGGCUCGUCAUCAUAGGGUUGCUCUUCAAGUCCACAAUGUGUAUAAGCUAGCAGAUGGCUCCUUCGACAGGUCUGGGAUGUCCCUUCGGAUGUAUCUACGAGUGGCGAAUGACCUAGUAAGACAUCUGAACACACACCAUACCAUCGAGGAACGUUACAUUUUCCCCGUGCUUGGUCGCCGGAUGCCUUCCUUCCAAGAGCACGAUAUGCACGUGAAAUCGCAUGAGGCUAUUCAUGAAGGUCUUGACAGGCUGAGUGCGCUCAUCAAGAAGUGGAUCGCGGAGCCAUCGACAUACAGUCCGACAGAGAUGAGAGGGUGUCUUGACAGCUGGAGAGAGGUGCUGUUUACCCACCUCGACCAAGAGGUAGAAGAUCUCUCUGGAGAGAACAUGAAGAAAUACUGGAAGCUGGAAGAAUUGGAUACGAUCCCCAUGUAGCUAGCGCGUAUAGUAGAAUAUAGAAAAUUAUCUAGUGACG